AUGCGAUUCAUGCGGCUGUCUGAUCACUUCUCUUCCGGCGGGGAGAUGGAGAGCCCACCACCUGUCCAGUACCGAUGUACUAUGUAUGUACGGAUAGGUACCUUGGCCUGUAAUGUCCCCACGUUCCCCGAUGUUUUCCUGCUUCUCGAGAACGGGUAUCGCCGGCCGGCCGGUACUGUAAAAGUUUAUGUCCGGCUGACACAUCCCUAUCAUUCCGCUACGGACACAGCUUCUCUAUUCUACGAUACUACAUAUCUCUCGCUGUCGUAUGCGGCUUUGCACGUGAAAGCAAAUUUCCGUAUCCGAACCCCGUCUGCCCGUUUCCAGGGGUCCCGAGGCCCGGAGGAGGGUGAGGUAAGCAAAAAACGCAAACGGGCCCCCGUCAAGGGUAGUUCAUCCGCCUCGGAGCCGAAUUUCGGAUUACACCAUGAUCCUUCCAUCGUCCAUUAUCCAUAUAGCGCGCGCGGGAAACCCUUCACCCCUGGCCUGAAUCCAUGGAACCUAUUUGAUUUUCUAUCCGCCCAUAUUCAGGGAUUCCACGACUCCACGACCGGGGCGUGCCUCCCAUCAAUCCAGCGCACAUUUACCCGGCAUCUCAUUCAGAAACCCCGAAGUAGGCUGGGGGGCCCGGGGGCUGGACCUGAACCUGCACUCUUGUUAAACGACGGGAUGCCGAAGAACAACUCGCGUUUUCUCUCUCAAUCUCAAAUCCCAAUCUCGAUUUCACCGACCACGACCAGCUACAACGACCGGUCCACGGCCCGGAAGUCAACGGCAUCUAGCCCAAUCCGGUUAUUCCCAUCCCCCGUGUCCGUGUCUGACUUGACUCUGGCACCUCUGCACAUCAUGGCCCAAGCUUCCGAGACCAUGUCUUAUAAGCCGGCAGGCAGAACCGGGCGAAAUCAAAUCAUUGUGCCGCUCUUUUCGGGAAGCGGGAGUUUUAAAGUAGGGAGCGACCAACUGAGCAAGUCAGGGUGGAAUCCGCUUUUCUCUCUCCCCUUCCUGAUUACCAUCCCUCAUCUUCCUAUACCGUUGACCUGGCAAGACCCCUCGACGACUCUCGUCUUCCGCGCCUAUCCAAGCCCUCCGCGUACCGUACCCAUGCAGAAAAAUCAACAGAACAGCAACUGCAAGUACUCUGUACAGGGGGGACGAGAAAGCAAAGAUGCAAAGAAGAAGAUGAGAUGGAAAAAAAUGCAGAAAAGUAACCGAUCCCUUCCCCAAGAUCCAGCAGGCUCAAAGCCAAGGAGUCGUAUGUACCGAGACGAGACCAACAGCGAAGGGGAGAAGGAAAUAAAAAAAGAGAGACACCGCAUUGCAUUGCAUGUCGUAUCUGCUUUCGUGCAGCACCGCGAGAUUGGACUCUCCACUGAGGGAUGCCGAGGGGCAACAGCGUACUGCGUACAUACUUGCUUCAGAAUCUGCGUGCUAAGGUAUUUUCUGCACCAUCAGCAGGAGCUGGCGGUGGUGGUGGUCGUCUCCACGACCGGUGUGUGGUUCCGCCUCACCGGUCCGACAACCCGAUUCAGGUCGUCGUUGGUUCGCUCGCGGUUCCGCUCCAACGACUUUUUGUUCGCCAAGAACUAG